UAAAGUCGCACCUGGCGGUCUCUACUCCGUCCUCCAGAUCGUGUCGUUUGCCUCCAUCUAGGGAACUUAUCCAACUCCCUGUCUAUCUUAUUUCUUUCUCGCGUAACACCUGUAGCAUCACGCAACAGGGUCAUAAUGAUACGCCCCGCAGGUCUCCCUCUCCUCCCACCUACGCACAACACAGCUCCCACGUUGCCGUCCACGUUUCAUGCCGCUGUCUGGAUGGUGUCAGCUCAGACAAGCCCUCGGCCGAGUCUCACCGCCUGCCCACGCGACACGAUUUCGCCCCCUCUGACAGGUCCAGUUGCACCCACGGUCCAACUGCCUCCCUUUCAUCAACCACCAUGGCCACAGCCCGCCCUUAGGCAAGCUGGUGCGAAGUGCCUCGAGGCAAUUGGCUGCUUGGCCAAGCUUCCUCCCACACAGCGCAAUUAUUCUUUCUUUUUCCCGCCCCCGUCUCAUGAGACCUGCCCUUGCUCCAGAGUCUUCUGAUCUGCCCCCUUUGCGGGGGUCAGACCCGAAUGAACAAGUCGUGUGACCGA